AUGUGUUUGAUUUGUAAUUACAAAAGAUUUGUGCUAUUGGCUGUGGAAUAUAUCACCAUCAUUCCUCACGGACGGUUUCUCGGCGGAGUUACACCGCCUGUAACCUCUCUGACCUCUCCCCCGCCCCCCGACCUCUCCGCUGCCCUGCAAUCUUUCACCGCCACCGGCGACCUACGCAGCGCCGCCGCGGCUCAUGCCCGAAUCAUUAUCCUUCAUGAUCUCGCAUCAUCUUCCUUUUCUCUCUGGAACAAGCUCCUCAAGUUCUACCUAAACUAUGGUCACCCCCGCGAUGUCCGCCUUUUGUUUGAUCAAAUGCCGAACAGGGAUGCCGUAUCUUACAACACUUUUAUCUCCGCUCAUAUCCGCAGCAAUGGAGAUCCUACGGAAGCCGUGUUUCUGUACUCCCGAAUGCUGGAGGAAGGAAUGACUCCCAAUGCCCUAACCCUAUCAGUACUGCUCUCGGGUUACAAUACUAGUAAGUAUCCUUGUGUGCUGAUGCAACUUCACUCACAUGCGAUAAAAUUUGGCUUAUGCUCCGAUGGAUUUGUCGGAGGAGCUUUGGUGAAUUGCUACGAGAGGUUAUCAGGGCUUGAGGACGCCAUUUGUGCGUUUGAAGAUAUAACAGAGUUCGAUUCAGUCUCGUGGAAUAUAAUGAUUGAUGCCUGUGCUUGCAGCGGCAACAAAGAGAAGACCGUCUCCAUUUUCUUAAGAAUGAGAUGGGAAAAUGGUGGCUGCUUCGAUUGUUUUGCGUUGACGAGCGUCUUGAAAACCUGCUUGGAGAAGAAGGAUUUGGACCUGGGCAUGCAGCUCCAUAGCUGCGCUUUGAAGUUUGGGUUGGACUCCGAUACUCCAGCUGGAAAUGCUCUACUAACAAUGUACUCUAGAUGUGGAGAAGCCAUUGAUUCUGCCUCACAAGUGUUUGAGAGAAUUCCGAAACCGAAUAUCAUAACUUGGACAGCAAUGCUCAGCGCAUUUGUGCAGUAUGGGAUGACGAAUGAGGUGAUUAGCUUUUACAGAAAAAUGCUCGGAGUAGGCAUAACAGAAAAUGAAUAUUGCUUUGCUACUGUUUUGCCUGCUUUCAGUGAAUUAUCCGUUGUUGAACAUGGGAGAAUGAUUCAUUCCAGAGUAUUGAAAUCCAAAGUUCAAUCAGAUGUUGGGGUGGGCAAUGCUCUUAUGGAUAUGUACUUUAAAUGUGGGAGCUUGGAAGAUGCUCAUUUGGUCUUUCAGACCAUGAAAAACAUUGAUGUGGUGUCAUGGACCAUAAUGAUUUAUGGCUAUGGUCAGCAUGGGAAGGGAAGAAAAGCUCUCGAGCUGUUUGAAUUGAUGAAAAAACAAGGCUUUAAGCCUGAUGGAGUUACUUUCCUUGGUGCCUUAUCUGCCUGCAGCCAUGGAGGUCUUGUAAAUGAAGGACUUGGGAUUGUGGAAUCCAUGAUUGGCGAAUACUGCAUAAAGCCUAGAAGGGAACAUUGUGCAUGUGUGGUAGAUUUGUUUGGUAGAGCGGGAAGGUUGAGAGAAGCUGAGGGGUUUAUAGAAGAGAUGGGUGCGGGAUCGGAUCCGUUGGUGUGGGAAACACUUUUAGGGGCUUGUGAGAUAUAUGGAGAAAUGGAAGUUGGAAAGAGGUCAGCAGAUAAGCUAAUGGCACUGAAACCAGGCAAUAAUGGUCCAUAUGUCUCUCUCUCUAAUAUUUAUGCUGAGCAAAAGAUGUGGGAAGAGAAGGGUGAGUUGAGGCAGAGAUUGGAUGCAAGUGGAAUGAGAAAGGAUGCGGCACAGAGCUGGUUUUCGGGGGUGAACUACACCGCCUGUAACCUCUCUGACCUCUCCGCUGCCCUGCAAUCUUUCACCGCCACCGGCGACCUACGCAGCGCCGCCGCGGCUCAUGCCCGAAUCAUUAUCCUUCAUGAUCUCGCAUCAUCUUCCUUUUCUCUCUGGAACAAGCUCCUCAAGUUCUACCUAAACUAUGGUCACCCCCGCGAUGUCCGCCUUUUGUUUGAUCAAAUGCCGAACAGGGAUGCCGUAUCUUACAACACUUUUAUCUCCGCUCAUAUCCGCAGCAAUGGAGAUCCUACGGAAGCCGUGUUUCUGUACUCCCGAAUGCUGGAGGAAGGAAUGACUCCCAAUGCCCUAACCCUAUCAGUACUGCUCUCGGGUUACAAUACUAGUAAGUAUCCUUGUGUGCUGAUGCAACUUCACUCACAUGCGAUAAAAUUUGGCUUAUGCUCCGAUGGAUUUGUCGGAGGAGCUUUGGUGAAUUGCUACGAGAGGUUAUCAGGGCUUGAGGACGCCAUUUGUGCGUUUGAAGAUAUAACAGAGUUCGAUUCAGUCUCGUGGAAUAUAAUGAUUGAUGCCUGUGCUUGCAGCGGCAACAAAGAGAAGACCGUCUCCAUUUUCUUAAGAAUGAGAUGGGAAAAUGGUGGCUGCUUCGAUUGUUUUGCGUUGACGAGCGUCUUGAAAACCUGCUUGGAGAAGAAGGAUUUGGACCUGGGCAUGCAGCUCCAUAGCUGCGCUUUGAAGUUUGGGUUGGACUCCGAUACUCCAGCUGGAAAUGCUCUACUAACAAUGUACUCUAGAUGUGGAGAAGCCAUUGAUUCUGCCUCACAAGUGUUUGAGAGAAUUCCGAAACCGAAUAUCAUAACUUGGACAGCAAUGCUCAGCGCAUUUGUGCAGUAUGGGAUGACGAAUGAGGUGAUUAGCUUUUACAGAAAAAUGCUCGGAGUAGGCAUAACAGAAAAUGAAUAUUGCUUUGCUACUGUUUUGCCUGCUUUCAGUGAAUUAUCCGUUGUUGAACAUGGGAGAAUGAUUCAUUCCAGAGUAUUGAAAUCCAAAGUUCAAUCAGAUGUUGGGGUGGGCAAUGCUCUUAUGGAUAUGUACUUUAAAUGUGGGAGCUUGGAAGAUGCUCAUUUGGUCUUUCAGACCAUGAAAAACAUUGAUGUGGUGUCAUGGACCAUAAUGAUUUAUGGCUAUGGUCAGCAUGGGAAGGGAAGAAAAGCUCUCGAGCUGUUUGAAUUGAUGAAAAAACAAGGCUUUAAGCCUGAUGGAGUUACUUUCCUUGGUGCCUUAUCUGCCUGCAGCCAUGGAGGUCUUGUAAAUGAAGGACUUGGGAUUGUGGAAUCCAUGAUUGGCGAAUACUGCAUAAAGCCUAGAAGGGAACAUUGUGCAUGUGUGGUAGAUUUGUUUGGUAGAGCGGGAAGGUUGAGAGAAGCUGAGGGGUUUAUAGAAGAGAUGGGUGCGGGAUCGGAUCCGUUGGUGUGGGAAACACUUUUAGGGGCUUGUGAGAUAUAUGGAGAAAUGGAAGUUGGAAAGAGGUCAGCAGAUAAGCUAAUGGCACUGAAACCAGGCAAUAAUGGUCCAUAUGUCUCUCUCUCUAAUAUUUAUGCUGAGCAAAAGAUGUGGGAAGAGAAGGGUGAGUUGAGGCAGAGAUUGGAUGCAAGUGGAAUGAGAAAGGAUGCGGCACAGAGCUGGGUUUGAGCUUUAGAUAUUUGAUUGGAAGAUUUACAUACAUGCCACUCAAUUCUUAUGUAUUU